UACCAGCUGGAACGGCUGAAGGCCAUGUGUGAAGAGGAGUUGGUGGAACACCUCACUGUAGAGGCGGCCUGCGACAUCCUCAGUCUCGCCGAUAUUCACAGCGCAGAGCAGCUGAAGGCACACACCCUCGAUUUCAUCAUGCUGCACGCACAAGAGGUGUGCGAAACGGAGGGCUAUGAACGACUGGUGCGUCAUCGGCCGCAUCUCUUGAACGAGUGUUUUCGGACCAUUGCCUGCCAACAAUUACCUCUGCGCUGUCCCGCUCCUGGAGCCUGCAAUUCUAACGCCUCCUCCAACUCCAACUCCUCCUCGUCGCGAAAACGUCCCCGACACUCCUAG